UUGCUAGCUCACACUCACACUUUCUCUCUCUAAUUCACUUUUUUGUGUGUCUAUUUAUCUUCUUUCUUCUCUUUCUCUUCGCUUCUUUACUAAGAAACCUCUUUAAUCAAAUGCAAUAACAAAGAGAACACAAGUAUCUUCUCUUUUCCAGGAGGCUGUGGGCUUUCUUCUGUGACUUGGGAGGUAGAUCUGCCCUGAAGAUCUCGAGAUCACAACAAAGCUGGCGGCCACACUGGCUUGGAGGUUCCCUGCUGCCAAUGGCAGCAGUCUUGCCACUAGUGAUACGGAUAGAAAUGGGGAUGCUAAACCUCAUGAGAUGGAGCCUCCAACUCCGCAUUCAUUUAUGAAAACAUCUUCAAGAGAUCGUAGUAGCAUGGAGGAUCCAGAUGGGACAUUAGCAAGUGUUGCACAAUGCAUUGAGCAAUUACGGCAGAAUUCCUCAUCCAUGCAAGAAAAAGAAAAUUCACUUAAGCAAUUGCUGGAGCUUAUUGAUACACGAGAAAACGCAUUUAGUGCUGUUGGCUCACAUUCACAAGCUGUUCCAGUACUUGUUUCUUUACUUCGUUCUGGAUCACUUGGGGUAAAGAUGCAGGCUGCUACAGUUUUGGGUUCUCUGUGUAAAGAGAAUGAACUGCGAGUGAAAGUGCUACUAGGAGGCUGCAUACCGCCUCUCCUUGGUCUUCUCAAGUCAAGCUCAGCCGAAAGUCAGAUUGCAUCAGCAAAAACUAUAUAUGCUGUGUCUCAAGGUGGUGCAAAAGAUCAUGUUGGCUCAAAAAUAUUUUCAACUGAAGGAGUUGUGCCAGUAUUAUGGGAGCAAUUAAAAAAGGGACUAAAAGCUGGAAAUAUAGUUGACGACUUACUAACAGGAGCUUUAAAAAACCUCUCAACCAGCACUGAGGGCUUCUGGUCUGCAACAGUACAAGCUGGAGGAGUGGAUAUACUUGUUAAACUACUGAAUAAUGGACAGCCAAGUACUCAGGCAAAUGUCUGCUUUCUCCUUGCUUGUAUGAUGAUGGAGGAUUCUUCUGUUUGUUCAAGAGUCUUAGCUGCAGAGGCCACCAAGCAACUUCUUAAACUACUUGGACCUGGCAAUGAAGCCUCAGUUAGAGCAGAAGCUGCAGGCGCUCUUAAAUCUCUUUCUGCCCAAAGCAAAGAUUCCAGGAAGGAAAUAGCAAAUUGUAAUGGUAUUCCUGCUUUGAUAAAUGCUACCAUAGCUCCUUCAAAAGAAUUCAUGCAGGGUGAGUACGCCCAAGCUUUGCAGGAGCAUGCAAUGUGUGCGCUUGCAAAUAUUUCUGGAGGUUUGUCAUAUGUCAUUUCAAGUCUUGGUCAAAGCCUUGAAUCUUGCACCUCACCUGCACAAGUAGCUGAUACAUUGGGGGCUUUAGCUUCAGCUCUCAUGAUAUAUGAUAGCAAAGCAGAAAAUUCAAGAGCAUCAGAUCCUUUGGAAGUGGAAGAAACACUGGUUAAGCAAUUUAAGGCCCGCUUACCCUUUCUAGUGCAGGAGCGUACUAUUGAAGCACUUGCCAGUUUGUAUGGGAAUUCUGUACUGUCUAGCAAACUUGUGAAUUCUGAUGCAAAACGCCUAUUGGUUGGUUUGAUCACAAUGGCCACAAAUGAAGUUCAGGAUGAGUUGAUAAGGUCACUUCUCUUUCUAUGCAAAAAUGAAGGUAGCUUAUGGCAUGCACUACAAGGUCGUGAGGGAAUUCAGCUAUUAAUCUCUCUUCUUGGACUCUCAUCAGAGCAGCAACAGGAGUGUGCUGUUGCUCUUCUUUGUCUUCUAUCCAAUGAAAAUGAUGAAAGUAAGUGGGCCAUUACAGCAGCUGGUGGCAUACCUCCACUUGUUCAAAUUCUGGAAACUGGGUCUGCCAAAGCUAAGGAAGAUGCAGCAACUAUCCUUGGAAACCUCUGUAAUCACAGUGAAGAUAUCCGUGCUUGUGUUGAAAGUGCUGAUGCUGUUCCUGCUUUAUUGUGGCUUCUGAAGAAUGGUAGCUCCAACGGGAAGGAAAUUGCUGCCAAGACACUGAACCAUUUGAUUCACAAAUCAGAUACUGCAACAAUUAGUCAACUCACUGCACUAUUAACUAGUGAUCUUCCGGAGUCCAAAAUUUAUGUCUUGGAUGCAUUGAAAAGUUUGCUCUCUGUGGCCUCUCUGAGCGAUAUGUUGCGUGAAGGCAGUGCAGCAAAUGAUGCAGUUGAGACGAUGAUAAAGAUAUUAAGCUCUACCAAGGAAGAGACUCAGGCUAAGUCUUCUUCAGCUCUUGCUGCAAUUUUCCAUCUCAGGAAGGACCUGCGAGAAAGUACCCUUGCUGUGAAGACUUUGUGGUCACUUGUGAAGCUUCUGAAUGCUGAACCUGAAUCCAUCUUAGUGGACACGUCACGCUGCCUUGCUGCAAUAUUUCUCUCUAUUAGAGAAAGCCGUGACAUUGCAGCAAUUGCUAGAGAUGCAUUGCCUUCAUUAAUGGUGCUUGCAAAGUCCUCAGUUUUACAAGUUGCAGAGCAAGCAGUAUGUGCUUUGGCCAAUCUUCUUUUGGAUCCCGAGGUGUCUGAGAAAGCAGUUCCUGAAGAAAUUAUCUUGCCUGCUACUAGAGUUCUUCGUGAAGGCACAACUGGUGGAAGGACCCAUGCCGCAGCAGCAAUUGCUCGUCUUCUUCAAUUUAGUGAGGUUAAUCCUGCCUUGACUGAUUGCGUUAACCGUUGUGGAACAGUUCUUGCAUUAAUUUCUUUCCUGGAAUCAACUGGAAGCGACUCUGUUGCUAUAUCAGAAGCUUUAGAUGCACUUUGUUUCCUCUCAAGGCUGGAAGGAGCUAGUGGUAUCAAACCUGCAUGGGCAGUUCUAGCUGAAUAUCCAAAUAGCAUAAGUCCUGUGGUUUCAUGCAUUGCUGAUGCCUCAUCGGUGUUGCAAGACAAAGCUAUUGAAAUAUUGUCUAGACUCUGCCAAGCUCAGCCCACUGUUCUUGGCGAUGCUAUCGCUUGUGCCUAUGGAUGCAUUUCUUCAGUUGCAAGAAGGGUAAUCUGUUCCUCCAAUGCUAUGGUUAAAAUAGGAGGAAGUGCACUUCUUGUUUGCGCUGCAAAAGUGAAUCAUCAGAGAGUGGUGGAAGAUCUAAAUGAAUCAAAGUCUUGUGUUCCACUCAUUCAAUCUUUUGUUGGGAUGCUAAAUGCUUCAGAGUCUCUACAUUUGGAAGACCAGGGGGAUAAGAUUGCAAUAAGCAUCUCCAGGAAUGCCGAAGAAGCAUCAAGAAAGGAUGAGGUGAAGAAAAGUACUUUGGUUGUUUCGGGGGUCAAUAUAGCUAUAUGGCUACUUUCUGCUCUUGCAAGUCAUGAUGAUACAAGUAAAGCUGAGAUUAUGGAGGCUGGUGCAAUUGAAGUUCUUACUGAGAGAAUCUCACAAUCUUUUACACAGUUUACACAGAUUGAUUUCAAGGAGGAUAGCAGCAUAUGGAUUUGUGGAUUGCUUCUGGCUAUCUUAUUUCAAGAUAGAGACAUCAUACGUGCAAACGGAACAAUGAAAGCCAUACCUGUGUUAGCUAAUCUGCUGAAGUCAGAAGAGUCAGCAAACAGGUAUUUUGCUGCACAAGCUGUAGCAAGCCUUGUCUGUAAUGGUAGCAGGGGAACUCUGCUGUCUGUUGCAAAUUCAGGAGCGCCAUCCGGACUCAUAACAUUGCUUGGUUGUGCUGAUGAGGAUAUAAAGGACCUUGUGGCACUAUCAGAGGAAUUUGCGUUGGUCCGUAACCCAGAUGAAGUUGCACUUGAGAGAUUGUUUAGGGUGGAUGAUAUUAGGGUUGGUGCAACUUCUAGGAAAGCUAUACCAGCCCUUGUUGACUUGCUAAAACCUAUCCCUGAUCGUCCCGGUGCACCUUUUCUAGCUCUUGGACUUCUGAUUCAGCUUGCCAGAGAUUGUCCUUCAAAUAAGAUUGUUAUGGUUGAAUCUGGGGCUCUGGAAGCACUGACUAAAUACCUUUCACUUGGUCCACAAGAUGCAACUGAGGAGGCUGCCACUGAUUUGUUAGGUAUCCUAUUUACUACUGCUGAAAUAUGCAGACACGAAUCUGCUUUUGGUGCUGUUGGUCAGCUAAUUGCAGUUUUACGUCUUGGUGGAAGAGGGGCAAGGUAUAGUGCUGCCAAAGCCUUGGAAAACCUGUUCUCAGCAGAUCACAUAAGGAAUGCAGAAUCAGCUAGACAGUCUGUUCAGCCUUUGGUUGAGAUUCUGAAUACUGGUCUGGAGAGGGAGCAGCAUGCAGCCAUUGCUGCAUUAGUUAGGCUUCUCAGUGAGAAUCCUUCAAAAGCUCUUGCGGUUGCAGAUGUCGAGAUGAAUGCAGUGGAUGUUCUUUGCCGAAUUCUUGCAUCAAGCUGCUCAAUGGAGCUGAAGGGUGAUGCUGCCGAGUUGUGUUCUGUUUUGUUUGGAAAUACAAGAAUAAGGUCUACAAUGGCUGCAGCUAGAUGUGUGGAGCCUUUGGUUUCUCUUCUUGUUACUGAAUUUAGUCCUGCUCAUCAUUCUGUUGUUCGUGCAUUAGAUAAACUAGUGGACGACGAACAGCUGGCUGAACUAGUUGCAGCACAUGGUGCAGUCAUUCCCCUUGUUGGCCUUCUUUAUGGACGAAAUUAUUUACUUCAUGAAGCUAUUUCUAGAGCUCUUGUGAAGUUGGGGAAAGACAGGCCUUCCUGUAAGAUGGAAAUGGUCAAGGCUGGAGUUAUUGAGAGUGUGCUUGACAUUCUGCAUGAAGCACCAGAUUUCCUUUGUGCUGCAUUUGCUGAAUUGCUCAGAAUACUGACAAAUAAUGCUACCAUUGCUAAGGGACCAUCUGCUGCAAAGGUGGUAGAGCCACUUUUUGUAUUGCUGAUGAGACCAGAGUUUGGACCUGAUGGGCAACACAGCACGCUUCAGGUCCUUGUGAAUAUCCUAGAGCAUCCGCAGUGCCGAUCUGAUUAUACCUUGACAUCACACCAAGCUAUAGAACCUCUUAUUCCCUUACUUGAUUCUCCCGCUUCUGCCGUGCAACAACUGGCUGCUGAGCUUCUGUCUCACCUGCUUUUAGAAGAGCACCUGCAGAAGGACCCAGUUAUCCAGCAAGUGAUUGGUCCCCUGGUACGGGUUCUUGGUUCUGGUAUACCCAUUUUGCAGCAGAGAGCUGUGAAGGCCUUAGUCUGUAUUGCACUUACUUGGCCAAAUGAAAUUGCAAAAGAAGGUGGCGUUAAUGAACUGUCUAAAGUAAUAAUGAAUGCUGACCCUUCACUCCCUCAUGCCUUGUGGGAGUCAGCUGCUGUAGUAUUAUCCAGUAUUCUACAAUUUAGCUCUGAGUUUUUUCUGGAAGUACCUGUUGUAGUGUUGGUAAGAUUGCUUCGCUCUGGCUCUGAAGGCACAGUUCUUGGUGCAUUAAAUGCUCUUCUUGUGUUGGAGACUGAUGACUCCACCAGUGCUGGAGCUAUGGCUGAAAGUGGGGCGAUCGAGUCUCUCUUAGAACUUCUCAGAUGCCACCUUUGUGAGGAAACUGCUGCAAGACUCCUUGAGGUCUUACUGAACAAUGUGAAGAUUAGAGAAACAAAAGCCACCAAGUCAGCAAUUGUGCCCUUGUCACAGUAUCUUUUGGAUCCGCAGACACAAGGGCAACAAGCAAGAUUACUGGCAACUCUUGCUCUUGGCGACCUAUUCCAGAAUGAGGCUCUUGCUCGAAGCAGUGAUGCUGUUUCAGCUUGCCGGGCAUUGGUGAAUCUGCUUGAAGAUCAACCUACUGAAGAAAUGAAAGUUGUCGCUAUAUGUGCCUUACAGAACCUUGUUAUGUAUAGCAGAUCAAAUAAGAGAGCAGUUGCGGAAGCUGGUGGUGUCCAGGUUGUGUUAGAUCUGAUUGGUUCAAGUGAGACAGAUACAUCAGUACAGGCAGCAAUGUUCGUCAAGCUUCUCUUUUCCAAUAACACCAUUCAAGAGUAUGCUUCAAGUGAAACUGUCAGGGCUAUCACUGCUGCAAUUGAGAAAGAUUUAUGGGCCUCGGGAACUGUAAAUGAGGAGUACCUCAAGGCUCUGAAUGCACUAUUUGGAAACUUCCCCCGUCUAAGGGCUACUGAACCUGCAACCCUGAGUAUUCCACAUUUAGUGACAUCCCUGAAGACUGGUUCCGAGGCAACUCAAGAAGCUGCUUUGGAUGCUCUGUUUUUUCUCCGCCAAGCUUGGUCAGCAUGUCCUGCUGAAGUUUCUCGGGCACAAUCAAUUGCUGCUGCAGAUGCCAUUCCAUUGUUGCAGUAUCUGAUACAAUCUGGCCCCCCUCGGUUUCAGGAGAAGUCAGAAUUUUUACUGCAAUGUUUGCCUGGGACUCUGGUGGUAAUAAUAAAGCGAGGGAACAACAUGAGACAAUCGGUUGGAAAUCCAAGCGUUUUUUGCAAGCUUACCCUUGGAAAUACUCCACCUCGCCAAACAAAGGUUGUUUCAACUGGUCCUAAUCCAGAGUUCGAUGAGAGCUUUUCAUGGUCCUUUGAAAGUCCUCCUAAAGGCCAGAAGCUCCAUAUUUCAUGCAAGAAUAAGAGCAAAAUGGGGAAGAGUUCAUUCGGGAAGGUCACGAUCCAGAUUGACCGCGUAGUUAUGCUGGGUGCAGUCGCUGGGGAGUACACCUUGUUGCCUGAGAGCAAAAGCGGACCCUCAAGGAAUUUGGAAAUAGAAUUCCAAUGGUCCAAUAAGCAGCAAAUGGAAUAAGGUUGUUCCUCAAACUGCAUUUUAGGGGUAUAGGAACAAAUGUUUGGAACUUUUUUCGGUUUUCUGUUUCCUUUCUUCCUAUUUAAUUAUAAGGUGAAUGUAUAUAGUGUCUGGUAUAGGUGUUACUACUCUUUGAUCAUAUUUAGUUGUUGUAACGGCUGUGGUCAAUGUAUUCUUUUGUAACUUGAGUCACUUUAGUAUCAUUAAGGAAGGGACAUGGAUUCAUGGUUUGCUUCCUUUGUAUUUUUUGUAUUCAUAUGUUGUUUGAUGAAAGAAAACAGUGUUUUUGGUUUGGA